AUGCUCCCUCUGCGGUCUUCCUGUCCUGAGAUUAGCUCCUCCCUGGAAAGGACGUCGGAACCGUCCAGAUUUCCGCCAGUUCCUUACUGGACUUGUGAUCCUUCUCCAGCUGAGGAGAGCCUCCCUGGGGCCUUUCAAGGGAGCCAUUCUUUUUCUGAGAACCUGCCAUCAAGAACAGCAUUAAGGGAAACACACUUAUCCCAGGGGUCCUGGAACAACUUUGUUCAGAAGCUGGAGGUGAAUUUUCACAGGCCCAUCAUGUGGGAGACACUCAGAGAGCUGGGCCGAUGA